CAUACUUCUAGUAUAAAUGGACUGUCAGCCCCAUCGUUCAUGCAAUCAGGCAGAAACCUCCCUCAUAGUCAUGCGAUCAUUCUCCGCCUUUUUGUUUGCAGUCCUCAUCGCGGCCAGCAGGUCUACAUCAUGGGCCUCGGUCACCAUCCCAUUGAGAAAGCUUGAGUUUACUGGGUCGUACCUUCAAGGUUCUCCACACGCUGAUCGUGCCCGAGCAGCAUCGUUCUUAGAGACAACCAGUGGCCCAGAGACCAUCCCGGCUACAAGCAUGGGAUACCAGUACACCGUGAGGGUUGGUGUCGGCAGUCCCGCCACCUACUAUGAUUUACUUGUUGACACGGGGAGUUCUAACACAUUUGUUGGAACGGGAAAAAAAUAUGUCCGUACAUCAACCAGUGUCCCCACUGGACAGAAUGUCACUGUCACCUAUGGAACUGGAACUGGCUUUUUCAGUGGUAUCGAAUACAAUGACACGGUGACUCUCGCACCUGGCUUCGCCAUCAAGAAUCAAUCCAUCGGCGAUGCUCUGAAUUCCUCAACUUUUGAAGGCGUCGACGGCCUAAUUGGCCUUGGACCAGCUGAUCUCACGGAGCAUACACUGACUCCUGACACUGGCUUGAUCCCAACCGUCAUGGAUAACGCUUUGAAGCAGGGUCUGAUCAAAAAUCAGAUUUUUGGUAUUUCAUUCGCGCCGGCACCGACUCUUCCUGACACUAAUGGAGUGAUUACAUAUGGUGGCAUUGAUCCUGCUUGGUACAUCGGCGAUAUAACCUACACUCCAAUCACCAAGACUAGCCAAUCAUCCGGCUACUGGGGCAUCAACGUAACUCAAGCGACAUAUGGCGCACACACUGUUAUUCCUCAGUCAACCGCCGGCAUAGUCGAUUCGGGCACAAAUCUGGUCCGCCUUGCGGAUGAUUUCUUUUCCAGGUACUUAGAAGCCAUUCCCGGAGCCUACGUCGACGUUAACAAAACUGGCCUCAUUGUCAUCCCCCUUAUCUCCGUCGGAACCAUGCAACCCCUUAACUUCACGAUCAACGGUCGCGUGUUCACCAUGGAUGCAGCUGCACAACUCCUCCCAAUGCGCGAGCACCUCAACCCUGGUGGUGCACGAUACGGCGUCAUUAAUAAGGCCGGUGCUAACAGUGGGAGCGGCUUCGAUUUCAUCCUCGGUCUGAAGUUCAUGGAGAGGUAUUAUGUUGUGUUCGACGCCGAUAACAGCCGCGUUGGCUUUGCGUACACUAAUCACACCUUCACGAGAAACACGCCUGUUGCCGAGCGCGAACUACGUAUCACUGGGGAAUAACAAGUCCGAUAGAAUGGAUAAAUAGAGAUGCGGACGAUGCCAUGGAGAGCUCUUAGCUCCAAUGUGGUGGUUCGACGUACGCUUGAUAGAAUUUGAUUUUCGACGAGGAGCCAUUUCCGAC